CACAAGAACAAACCAAGAACAAGGGAAAAAAACACAAAUUCAAAAAAAAAAAAAGAAAAGAAAAGAAAAAAAAGAAACAAUUGCAUGGAGAACAUGAAGGAGAACGAAGACUCUACAAGAUGGAUUCUGGAUCAGGUGAGAGUGGAUGUGAUGGUGGAUGUGCCUAUCAACGACGACAUGCAACCCAUAACUUACAAUAAUAACGAUAAUAAUAAUUUUGGGAGUCCGUUAAUGGAGAAUACGGCGGUGCCACGGGCAGCGGUGAGGUUGGGGCGGAGGAAAUCGAAGGCCGAAAGAGGGCUUAAGAGCCUCCGUUUCCUGGAUCGCCCCAUCACCGGUACCGAAGCCGAUGCCUGGAGGCCUAUCCAGAAUCGCUUCAACCAAUUUGCUAUUAAUGGAAGGCUUUCGAGAGACAAAUUUGGUCAAUGCAUUGGAAUGGGAGGAGAUUCAAAGGACUUUGCAGGUGAAUUGUUCGAUGCUUUGGUGAGGAGAAGGAGACUAAGUGCAGCAAAUGGGAUUACAAUGGAAGAAUUACGAGGCUUUUGGGAAGACAUAACUAACCAAGAUAUGGAUUUUCGCCUACAAAUUUUCUUCGAAAUGUGUGACAAAAAUGGCGAUGGAAAGCUUUCUGAGGGAGAAGUAAAGGAGGUGAUAGUGUUGAGUGCAUCUGCAAACAAACUAGGAAACCUUAAAGGCCAAGCAGGUUACUAUGCAUCUAUGAUCAUGGAAGAGCUUGAUCCUGACCAUCUUGGAUAUAUUGAGCUAUCACAACUUGAAACUCUAUUAAGGGAAGUCAUGGGCUCUGAAGACAAUAACAGCAAGCCCAUCACUAAGAAGUCAUGCACUCUAACAAGAGCCAUGAUUCCCCGAAAAUACCGAACUCCGGUGAGCCGUGUCAUGUCGAGGAUAGCCGAGCUCGUCCACGAGAAUUGGAAGAGGAUAUGGGUCUUUGUAGCAUGGCUAGCGAUAAAUGUGGCGCUAUUCGUUUACAAAUAUGACGAGUACAUGCACACAAAGGCAUUCAAAAUCAUGGGGUACUGCCUUUGUGUAGCAAAGGGUGCAGCUGAGACCCUAAAGUUCAACAUGGCCCUUAUUCUACUGCCAGUUUGUAGAGGGACUCUCACUAGACUUAGGUCCACAUUUCUGAGCAACCUUUUCCCUUUUGAUGACAAUAUAAACUUCCACAAGAUAAUUUCAAUGGGAAUCACUGUUGGGACUUUUCUUCAUGUGUUUAUGCACAUAAGUUGUGAUUUUCCAAGGCUUAUUUCAUGCCCCAAAGAGAAGUUUAUGGCACUUGUUGGGCCUAAUUUCCACUACCAUCAGCCUAGUUAUGUAGAUUUGGUGGCAAGUAUUACUGGGGUUUCUGGAAUUUUGAUGCUCAUUAUAAUGGGUUUUGCAUAUGUUUUGGCCUCACACAAAUUCAGAAGGAAUGUCAUCAAGUUGCCUGCCCCUUUGCACCAUUUGGCUGGCUUCAAUGCCUUUUGGUAUUCUCACCAUUUGCUUGUUUUUGCCUAUGUUCUCUUGAUCAUACAUGGCUACUUCCUAUUCUUGACCUCCGAAUGGCACUUGAAAACGACAUGGAUGUAUGCAGCAUUCCCAAUGACUCUCUAUGCUAGCGAGAGGCUUCUUGCAUCAGUCAACGAACUCAAGCAUAGCGUUGAUAUCAUUAAGGCAGUGAUAUAUGCAGGGAAUGUGCUAGCCAUAUAUAUGACCAAACCUCAAGUCUUCAGAUAUAAAAGUGGAAUGUAUUUUUUCAUCAAGUGUCCAGAUAUAUCAAGUUUUGAAUGGCAUCCCUUUACCAUCACUUCUGCACCAGGAGAUGACUACUUAAGUUGUCAUAUCAGAACACUAGGAGAUUGGACUGCAGAGCUUCACAACAGGUUUGCAAAGGUAUGCGAGGUUGAGAAUACAUCCAAAAAGGGAAAUCUCAUGAGAAUGGAAACUCGAGCAGCACACGAUGGCUUUUCUCAAGUAAGAUAUCCAAGAAUUCUGAUCAAAGGGCCAUACGGUGCUCCAGCACAAGAUUACAAAAAGUAUGAUAUCCUCCUACUUAUUGGGCUUGGCAUUGGGGCAACUCCAAUGAUCAGCAUUAUAAAAGAUGUUUUAAACACCAUCAAGCCAACUAACCAUUAUACUGUGAGUAACGGUAGGCGGGGUCCCGAAAGAGCAUACUUCUACUGGAUAACGAGGGAGCAAGGAUCGUUCGAGUGGUUUAAAGGCGUAAUGGACGACAUUUCAGAAUAUGACCACGACCAUGUAAUAGAAAUGCAUAAUUACUUGACUAGUGUUUAUGAAGAAGGAGAUGUAAGAUCUGCCCUUAUAACCAUGGUGCAAAAACUCCAACAUGCUAGGAAUGGAGUUGAUGUUCUCUCCGAGAGUCGGAUACGGACCCAUUUUGCUAGACCCAAUUGGAGGAAGGUGUUCAUGGACAUGGCAAGUAACCAUAUGGCUUCGCGUAUAGGUGUUUUUUACUGUGGAAGUGCUGUGCUCACACAAACACUAAGAAAAUUGUGUCAUGAAUUUAGCACAAAUACGACCACUCGAUUUCACUUUCACAAGGAGAACUUCUAG